AUGCCUCGUAGUCAACCACUCAGAACAAACAGCAUGAUCAUCGUCUUUCUCAGCAUCACGGCAUAUGCUUUGGUGUCAGGUUCCUCUCUGAGGGACCAAGUUCACCAGACUCCAGCUGACAUGGUCCUGGACAACAACACAGCACAAACACCCACCAUCACCUGUCGACACACUAUUGAUGGCUACAAUCGAAUUCUUUGGUACAAACAACUGAAGAAUGGAACGAUAGUGAAGGGUCCUCAACUAGACACAGCCAUGAUCCAUGAUGUUUUCCUAACCGUCUCUUUUUCAUUGCUUUCUAUUAAAGGUCUGGCAGCGGGUAGUGAUCCACCAGUCACCCAGACCACGGUGUUGUGGAGAAAUGUGAGCCAGUCUGCCACAAUCGACUGCAACCACACAAAGGGAGCAAGCUAUAAUCAGAUGUACUGGUACCAACACGUCCCCGGUGAAGGGAUGAAGCUAAUCGUGUUCACAUCAACCAGCAGAGCCGACCACGACUUUGGAGACAACAGCCAAGAGAAAUACUCUGCCACCAAGACUGCAGCUGAGAGGGGGACUUUUACUGUGAAGCACUUGGAGGCGGUGGACAGCGCCUUGUAUUUCUGUGCCAUCUAUGAGCACAGUGGUACAGAUGAACUGCAGGGCUUCAUCAAAACCUGA